UUCUUCCCCCAGUAGUGAUAUUAAGCAGCAUCCAACACAGGCCUACUCUUACGACAUGUGACUUUACUGUUUUCCGUUUUUGUUGAAAGAGUCAUUAACCGGAAUUGAUGGCAGCUUCAAUAACAGGUCAUUGCUGAGAAAAGGAUAGCACUAGAAUAUGCAGAAAUCUACAAAUUCUGAUACUUCUGUGGAAACACUGAAUUCUACCCGCCAAGGCACAGGAGCUAUACAAAUGAGAAUCAAAAAUGCCAACAGCCACCAUGACAGGCUCAGCCAAAGUAAAUCCAUGAUCCUCACCGAUGUUGGGAAGGUCACUGAACCCAUAUCCCGACACAGAAGGAAUCAUUCACAGCAUGUCUUGAAAGAUGUCAUUCCUCCAUUGGAACAACUGAUGGUUGAAAAAGAAGGUUAUCUUCAAAAAGCUAAAAUUGCAGAUGGGGGAAAGAAACUAAGGAAAAACUGGUCUACUUCCUGGGUUGUUCUUUCUAGUCGAAAAAUUGAAUUUUACAAAGAAUCCAAGCAACAGGCUCUGUCCAAUAUGAAAACUGGGCACAAACCAGAAAGUGUGGAUUUGUGUGGUGCACACAUUGAAUGGGCCAAGGAAAAAUCGAGUAGAAAGAAUGUCUUUCAGAUCACAACAGUAUCAGGAAAUGAGUUCCUUCUACAGUCAGAUAUUGACUUCAUCAUAUUGGAUUGGUUCCACGCUAUCAAAAAUGCAAUUGACAGAUUGCCAAAGGAUUCAAGUUGUCCAUCAAGAAACCUGGAAUUAUUCAAAAUCCAAAGAUCCUCCAGCACUGAAUUGCUAAGUCACUGCGACAGUGAUAUAAAAGAACAGAAACCAGAGCACAGAAAAUCUUUAAUGUUCAGGCUGCAUCAUAGUGCUUCUGAUACAAGCGACAAAAAUCGAGUUAAAAGCAGAUUAAAGAAGUUUAUUACUCGAAGACCUUCCCUGAAAACUCUGCAAGAAAAAGGACUUAUUAAAGAUCAAAUUUUUGGCUCUCAUCUGCACACAGUGUGUGAACGUGAAAAUUCCACAGUUCCGCGGUUUGUAAAGCAAUGCAUUGAAGCUGUUGAGAAAAGAGGUCUAGAUGUUGAUGGAAUAUAUCGAGUUAGUGGCAAUCUGGCAACAAUACAAAAGUUAAGAUUUAUCGUCAACCAAGAAGAGAAGCUGAAUUUGGACGACAGCCAGUGGGAGGACAUCCACGUUGUCACCGGAGCACUGAAGAUGUUUUUCCGGGAGCUGCCUGAACCACUCUUCCCUUACAGUUUCUUUGAGCAGUUUGUGGAAGCGAUCAAAAAGCAAGACAACAACACAAGAAUUAAAGCUGUAAAGUCUCUUGUACAAAAACUGCCUCCACCAAAUCGUGACACCAUGAAAGUGCUCUUUGGACAUCUAACUAAACUCCCCUCAUCCUCAACAACGGCCUCUGCUGGUCAUGGUGGCUUCCCUGAUGCAGCGUCCCAGACGCUCAACCAUGAGGGAUCCAAGCUCCUGUGUACCACGUCGUCUCAGACAAGAAUUUCUGCCCUGUUCAUGACCCAUCGCAAUUGGGCAACAGAGAACUUGGAAGCCCUAUGUGGAUCGUCUGGGUGUCAUCCUGUCCCCCGGUACAACAGCAACCUUGCCUCCUCCCUAUGAUCACAGCUAAUUAUACCUGCCUAGAUGGUGACUCUGCCUUGACUGCUGGUACCUAAACCCAAGAAGCUCCACGUGCCUAGAAAGCAGCAGUAGCUUAGAAGAUAUAUAUAUCAGUGAUUUGAUAUAUCACUCAAAUACAAUAAUAUAAACAGUUCUCUGAUUGCCCAUUUAUUUUGCUCCACAAGAUGCUAUGUUCUGGUGACCAUCUCAUAAUUCUGUGAGUCGGCCCCCAUUUUUGGCUGCCCUUCAGCCCUGACACUUGUUAUUAAAAUUGCACCUACCUGGCUUUUAGCAAUUAAGCCCCACCACCCAGCUUCUAUUACCAGUGUCUCAGCAUCCCCAUUGCAAUCAGUGAGCCUAGUUCUGUAAUAGACUCUCCUACAGUCAACCCUCAUUUACAGAGUAAAGGCCCCUGUAAUCACAUACAACUUUUCUGUAGAAUAUCAAUGGUGCUUAGCAACAGCCCUUCAAUUUCAUUGACCUUGGAGUUACUAUCCACAACCUCCCACUAUCAUUUUUAAAUUCCUCAUACAUUAUACCAGCUAGUCUCCUACACAGAUCUAAUGUCCUAAUUCACCACCAGGGUGAGUUUUCACAAUCGGAGUGCCACCUCAUGCCAGGGACCUGUCUUCAUUCCACCUGCCACCAUUGAUGGACUCUUCAUUGCCAGUCAGGCUGCAAGUGACCCAGUUCCAAAUUCCCUUCUUAUUGCUGGCUUUCUGGGACCACUCAUAGAACCAAUAAUCAUGGGUUUGGUUCACCAGAAGGAGCCCCCAAAACAGAGUUUGGCAUCCAUGGCAUUGUUAAAGAUUAAUCCCUGUAGGAGGAAAAAGGCGUCAAUAGGAUUAGGCAGAGGAAGAAGCUGAACUGAAGUGCAGACCAAAGAAAGCUUCAGCCAGACCCACAGGAAGCUCUGGGGCACACAGAGCCUGUCAAAGAUGUCCCACAGUGGGCAGAAAUGGUCCAGCUUUUGUACUGACAGUGGGGGCCAGAGCAGUGGCUCACACCUGUAAUCCCUGAACUUCAAGAGGCUGAGGCAGGAGGAUCACUGGAGGCCAGGAUUCGAGACCAGCCUGGGAAACACAGUGAAAUCCCAUUUCAACAACAAAAAAUUUUUUUUAAUUAGCUGGGCAUGGUGGCACACACUUGUAAUCCUAGCUACUCAGGAGGUUGAGGUGGGAAGAUCGCUUAACCCCAGGAAUUGAGCUUACAAUGAGCUAUGAUUGUGUCACUGCACUCUAGCCCGGG